ACCGGGAAGAUGGCGGCGGAAUCGAACGAAUCCGAAAUCGCAACGGGCUUGAGCCCAAGUUCAAAAGAAGAGGUGUCCAGUCCUGCUGCAGUGAAUCCGCCUCGGGGAGACAGGAGUCCAGGCUCCUCCUCUGAGGGAGACAGUGAAGCUGAAGACCAGGGGAGGACUGAUGAGGGCCGUUACAGCCGUGCAGCGGGCAGAGGGGAGCAGAGCCCUGACGGCGUGGGCCGGGAUGAGGAGCCCGGAGAGGGCAGUGUGGAGGCCAGACACAGGAGCAGAGACAGCUCCUCUCGGGCCAGCGGCAGCCCGCGCUCCAGCAGCGAGAGCAGUGAGGAAGACAGCGAUGACGGUACCAGACACAGGAUGAAGAGCAGUGUGGCACACAUCAGACGUGGCUCUUAUGAUACCAGAGACAGAGGGAGCUCUUCUCCAGAACACAGGGAAGGAGGAUCUAAGAGAUCCCGCUCCAGAUCCCGCUCCAGAUCCCGUUCUAGAUCCCGUUCUAGAUCCCGUUCACCGCGGAGUGGCUAUGAGAGAGGGCGCAGGUCCAGGGAGCGAGACAGGUCCAGGGAGCGAGACAGGGAGCGUUACGGAGAGCGGGAGCGGCACUUCAGCAGGGAGAGGGGCCGCGGCCACAGAUCCAGCAGAGACAGAGACCUGGAGCACAGGAGGAGGGACAGGUCGGCCUCCCCGGCCCAGGGCGAUAAGCCGCUCGCCGAAGAACCCCCGCCGAAGAAGAAGAAAGAAGAGCUGGACCCUAUUCUAACACGCAGCGGAGGCGCCUACAUCCCCCCCGCCAAACUCCGCAUGAUGCAGGCUCAGAUCUCUGACAAGAGCAGUCUGGCAUACCAGAGAAUGAGCUGGGAAGCCCUUAAGAAAUCCAUCAACGGUCUCAUCAACAAAGUCAACGUUUCCAACAUCGGCAACAUCAUCCAUGAACUGCUGCAGGAGAACAUCGUCCGCGGCAGGGGUCUCCUGGCCAGGUCCACUCUCCAGGCCCAGAGCGCGUCUCCCAUUUUCACCCACGUGUACGCUGCCGUGGUGGCCAUCAUCAACUCCAAAUUCCCGCAGAUCGGAGAACUGAUCCUGAAGAGACUCAUCCUCAACUUCCGGAAAGGUUACAGGAGAAACGACAAACAACAGUGUCUCACUGCGUCAAAGUUCGUGGCACAUCUCAUCAAUCAGAACGUGGCCCAUGAGGUUCUGAGCCUGGAGAUGUUGACCCUGCUGCUGGAGCGGCCGACAGAUGACAGCGUGGAGGUGGCCAUUAGCUUUCUGAAGGAGUGUGGACUGAAACUGACCGAGGUCUCACCCAGGGGCAUCAACGCUAUCUUCGAGAGGCUACGGAACAUCCUACAUGAGUCGGAGAUAGACAAGCGUGUGCAGUACAUGAUUGAGGUGAUGUUUGCCAUCAGGAAGGACGGGUUUAAGGAUCACCCCAUUAUCCCUGAGGGCCUGGACCUGGUGGAAGAAGACGACCAGUUUACUCACAUGCUCCCCCUGGAGGAUGACUACAACACAGAGGAUAUCCUCAAUGUCUUCAAGAUGGAUCCUGACUUUUUGGAGAAUGAGGAGAAAUACAAAGCGAUUAAAAAGGAAAUUCUGGACGAGGGCAGCAGUGACUCUGGAGACGACGCCGAUGGAAGUGAUGAAGAUGAGGAGGAUGAGGAUGAGGAAGAGGACGCUGGAAAUGAAGAAGAGAAAGUCCAAAUUCUCGACAAGACUGAAGUGAACCUGGUCUCAUUUCGCCGGACCAUUUAUCUGGCGAUCCAGUCAAGUUUGGACUUUGAAGAAUGCGCUCACAAGCUGAUCAAGAUGGACUUUCCUGAGAGCGAAACGAAGGAGCUGUGUAAUAUGAUUCUGGACUGCUGUGCCCAGCAGAGAACCUAUGAGAAGUUUUUUGGACUCCUUGCUGGGAGGUUCUGCUUGCUGAAGAAGGACUACAUGGAGAGCUUUGAAGCUAUUUUCCAGGAGCAGUAUGAGACUAUUCAUCGCCUGGAGACCAACAAACUGCGCAAUGUGGCCCGAAUGUUCGCCCACCUGCUCUACACAGACUCUGUUCCCUGGAGCGUUAUGGAAUGUAUAAAAAUGAGUGAGGAGACCACGACGUCAUCCAGCCGAAUCUUUGUGAAGAUUCUGUUUCAGGAGCUCUGUGCUUACAUGGGUCUGCCCAAACUCAACGAGAGGCUGAAAGACACGACCUUGCAGCCUUUCUUUGAGGGCCUGUUUCCACGUGACAACCCAAGGAACACCAGAUUUGCCAUUAAUUUCUUCACCUCCAUUGGCCUGGGCGGACUUACGGAUGAACUCAGAGAACACCUGAAAAACGCACCCAAGAUGAUCAUGACUCAGAACCAGGAGGUGGAGUCGUCCGAUUCCUCCUCUUCCUCCUCGGACUCGUCUUCGGACAACGGCAGCAGCGAUAGUGACAGUGACUCUGACUCCUCUAGCGACUCUGAGUCCUCUAGUGACUCUGACUCAUCAUCUACCAACAGCUCCUCAGCAGACUCAGACUCCAGGCACAAGAGGAAAGCCGAGAGGAAGAAAGCCAAGCGCUCCGGUGAGACGUCCAAUCGCAGAUCUCCUCUAGAGCGGCGGCCCAGCAAGAGCCACGAGGACAGACGCAGGCCCGACGACCGCCACAAAACCUCACGCCGAAGGAGUCACGAGAAGGAUUCUCCGGCGCCCGCGCGCGAGAGGAACGAUCCGGAACGCCGGCACAAGGACCAGCAGCGCCACAAACAGGAGCAAGAGCACAAGGACAAACAGCAGGACUCUCACAGGGACCGAGAGCAGGAGAAAAACGGCUCCCAGGCACAGCGCGAUAAAGACAGGCCGCGGAGCCGGGACAGGGAGCCGGCGCGGAAAGGCAGGGAGAGGUCAAAGUCACGGGAGAGGAGCCGCAAGGAGACGGACUCCAGAGACUCCUACAGAAAUGGAGUGGAGAGGUCGGACAAAGAGAACCGGCACUCUGACAGAUACAAGGAGUCCAGAAGAAAGGAGGAGAGGAGCAGAGAUAGCUCCCCCAGGAGGCGCAGAUAGCCUGUGGCAUGAUGGGAAAAUGGGAAGCAAACUGAUGACGGUGUUGUUUAUACUCCAGCCCUGGGCAGUCUGGUCUCCCUCUUCACCGCAUCAUCAGUAAAAUGCCGUGUUUUGUAGAGCCUACGUGUUGCUGUUUUAUAGCCGUAUGGAAUGCUUCGUGAGGGAGGUUGGGACAAAUACAGUUUGCAUGGAGAAAGUAGCGGUUCGGAGUCCGCAGUGGGUUCGAGGCAUUUGGAGGAAUUGCGGGGAAAAAAAAACAAAUGAGAUGUUUGUAUUAUGUAAGGUGUCGUAUGUCAUUAUUUCUCCAAAUGUAUUUUUUUGUGUUUUUAAAACCAUUGAAAAAAUAUAA